UUUUGUAUAUGGAUGAUAUGUGUAUUUGAUUUGUUUGAACAGUCAGGUUUGGCUAAGUUUAAAAUGGUGAGUAUUUCAGUUGACCAUGUGUAUGGGGGAAGGUAGCCAUCUUGGAAUGCUGGGGCAGGUUGCCAUGGCAACAGGGGCGGAGCCAACCGCCGCUUGGAAAGGAAAAGGGGAAUGUUUUAAAACCCAGCAGUCUGUGAUUUUCCAGUCACAGAGAAGGAUCUGGUUCUUGUGUGGAGAAUCAGACUGGCUUAAAUAGAAAGAUUUGAGUCAGAUUUAGGUUAGACCAGACUAGGCAAGUUAGGUGAUUUGUCUAGGGUCAGUUGUAGAGUCUGUGGAUUAGAGAACAUUAAUCCCAGGGGAUUCAGGAGGAUCAGGGUUUAGUGUAAUCCAGAGAAAGAAGUAUUUUGAAAGUUUAACCACCUUAUAACUGUUUGUAACCAUUAAGCGAAGUGCCUUUACCAAGUUAUCUGAAACCAUCAAGCUCUGUACCUGCAAUAAACUUGUUUUGAUUUUAUUCUAAAUAAGCCUCUGUCAUACUCUCAUAUUAAAUUAAGCAACAUCAACACCUGAAGUGGAACAAAUAGAGAAAGCUUAUAAGAACCAGUACCAUCUGCCUGACGUCUCCAUUGGUGGCAGCGAAGAAGAUAAUCAAACAAAUAAUUAAUUAACAUCAUCUCUUAUAAAACAUCUUUAUUAGGUGGUGGUAUCUGUGUGUGUGCGUGUGUGGGAUCAAAAGGGUUCCAUCCCGGCCUCACAUUCCUGUCAGACACCUCACCUCUGUACAAUAUUGGUGGCAAAGCUGAGGGAUUCUAAAAGGGAUUCCAUUCCCUGUCACCUCAGUUCCUUACAUAAAUUGGUGGCAGCGGUGGGAUUCAGAGGGAUUCCAUCCUCUGCAACAUCAGAUCUCUACAUUAAUUGGCGGCAAGCGGCGGGAUACGUAUAACAUCCCUAAUUUGGUGCCUGAGAUCGCUCAAUAAAAUUUCUGAGGUAAAAGUUAUAAAGAAUGGCCACCAGAAAGCAGAAAAGAGGAGCAGGAGAGGUAGAAGUGUACCAAGAGGGAGAGAGUUCAGAUUCGGAACAACAGACCACCAUGACAGAAGCAAUGAUGAAAUACCAAUUAGAGAUGAGGAAAUUAGAAUUAGAAGCACAAGAGAAACAGAGACAGGCACAGAUAGAGCUGAGAAAGAUGGAGAUUGAAUGGGAGAAACAGAAGCUGACACUGUCUCAGCCUUCUGUGGUAACACAACCAAGAACUCCUAGUGAUUUAGCCUUAAAGAGGUUUUCUAAAUACACUAAGGAGGAUGUUGAGAUGCAGCGGAUUGAGCUCGCACCACUUUUGAAGAUGCCAUUGUGCCCAGGGGAUUCUUGGUGCCUGAUUGAUUAUAAGUGGUUCAAAAAGUGGCAGAGAUAUGUGGGUUUUGAAAGCUGGGACCUGUAUUAUGCAGGAAAGCAUGAUUACUACCCAGGACCCAUUGACAACUCAAAACUUGUUGAAGAUUCAGAAACCCAGACUUUAAAGAGAUAUUCCAUUGAAGGAGUGGACUAUGAGGUGAUUCCUAUUGAAGCCUGGAAUAAGUUAGUCAAUUGGUAUGGCUGUAUAGAAAGACAGAGACCAAUUGAGAGAAAGGUUGUGGAGUACGGAGAAUAUUUCAAAUACUGUAAAGUAGAAAUUUAUCCUUCAGAGUCGAAGCCAUCUCAAAACAACGACUCUGUUAAUCUUGUAAGAUCUCAAUUUAAACCAGUAGAAGAUUCUGCUGAAGAUGGAGGAAUCGUAAAUCUCCAAAAGAAAUUAUCUCAGUCACAGCUUGAGAUUCAUUACGUGGCUGAGGUAAAUGUGUCACCAGUGGCUGAGGUCCCUAUUCAGUGCCAUAGUGACACAGGAGUGGAGCAAGCUGAAGUAAUUGGGGAUUUAGAAGUGCCAGUCAUUAAUGAAAAUGAUUUGUUUGAAGACCGUGGAGAAAUUAAUACUGUUAUAAAGAGUAAUGGUUUAAAAAGUGACUGUGCCUUUACAAAAGAUUUGCCAGAGAAAGAUGGUAACAUGAAGUUGCUUGGUGCUAACAGAAAAAACAAUGUGGUUCCCAGUAAAGAUGAGAAGGAAGAUGAAGUUCUGAGGGAAUUUUGGGAAAUGACUGACUCUAUUUGCUCAGUGGUUACCUCUGUAGUCAUUACAAGUACAGAGCAUGGUCAGCAGGUGUGGCCAGAGGAAAAUUUACCUCAGGAAAACACCAGAUUUGGUCAGUUUGAGUUGCUGUGCGUAGGAGAGCCCAAGGGACCAACUAACACACCAAAGAAGAUGGACAUUUUGAGCCUGUGGGUCAUCGCCAAUCGCAGCGAAUCAAGAAGCAAGCGGAGAGUGUUUUUCAACGGAGAGAAUUCUGAGGACUUCAAUGCGGCAGAGAUUGGUAGUUUUAACUAUCAUCAGUUUACUUUUGAUGUUCUACAAAAGUGUUUGGACUAUGUUUUCCAGGACUUCUUGAAUGACUCUUGGAAGUUUCGCAAAAGACAUUUUGGGACAGAGAGAGUUCGUUGUGUUGAUGGGAAGGAUAAGUGUAAUUGUCCCAACAACAUGUUAACCUCUGGAAUGCGCCGCAGAGUGAAAUGUCAACGAACUGUAUCAAGUGACAUGAAGAUGAUCUCUAGGAAAUGAACCAAGCACCCAAAGGCUGAUUAGUCCAGUGUAUAAAUAAAAAUUAAAUUGUUAGAAAUAUGAUUUAUGGAAAAUGUAUUUUAAAAUGUCUCUUGAUUUAAGGUUGUGAAUUUUAACAACAGAAAAGAUAGUAAAAUCUGAAUAUGUUAUGUGUAUGUGCAACAUUGAAGGUUUGUAUUUAUGGUUUAUGUGUUGCAUGAUAAUGUGUUGAUCUUAUAUGAUAAUAGUGUAUUAAUAUGUAUUGUUGUAUAUUUGUAAUUACAAUCCACAUUAUUAUUUUUGACCAUUCUAGCAUGUAGAAAAGUCAAAAAUAAUCUUUAUGGGUUGGGAGGUGUGAAGAAGUGUAUAAUUAUAUUUUGUAUAUGGAUGAUAUGUGUAUUUGAUUUGUUUGAACAGUCAGGUUUGGCUAAGUUUAAAAUGGUAAGUAUUUCAGUUGACCAUGUGUAUGGGGGAAGGUAGCCAUCUUGGAAUGCUGGGGCAGGUUGCCAUGGCAACAGGGGCGGAGCCAACCGCCGCUUGGAAAGGAAAAGGGGAAUGUUUUAAAACCCAGCAGUCUGUGAUUUUCCAGUCACAGAGAAGGAUCUGGUUCUUGUGUGGAGAAUCAGACUGGCUUAAAUAGAAAGAUUUGAGUCAGAUUUAGGUUAGACCAGACUAGGCAAGUUAGGUGAUUUGUCUAGGGUCAGUUGUAGAGUCUGUGGAUUAGAGAACAUUAAUCCCAGGGGAUCCAGGAGGAUCAGGGUUUAGUGUAAUCCAGAGAAAGAAGUAUUUUGAAAGUUUAACCACCUUAUAACUGUUUGUAACCAUUAAGCGAAGUGCCUUUACCAAGUUAUCUGAAACCAUCAAGCUCUGUACCUGCAAUAAACUUGUUUUGAAUAAGCCUCUGUCAUACUCUCAUAUUAAAUUAAGCAACAUCAACACCUGAAGUGGAACAAAUAGAGAAAGCUUAUAAGAACCAGUACCAUCUGCCUGACGUCUCCAUUGGUGGCAGCGAAGAAGAUAAUCAAACAAAUAAUUAAUUAACAUCAUCUCUUAUAAAACAUCUUUAUUAGGUGGUGGUAUCUGUGUGUGUGCGUGUGUGGGAUCAAAAGGGUUCCAUCCCGGCCUCACAUUCCUGUCAGACACCUCACCUCUGUACAAUAUUGGUGGCAAAGCUGAGGGAUUCUAAAAGGGAUUCCAUUCCCUGUCACCUCAGCUCCUUACAUAAAUUGGUGGCAGCGGUGGGAUUCAAGGGGAUUCCAUCAUCUGCCACAUCAGUUCCUUACAUAA